AAAUUAUUUUCUUAGCUUAUUGAUUUAAUAAUAAUCUUAGUGACAUAACAAUGUCUGAAACAUCAUCGGUUAUUUUAGAACCAAAUAUUUAUGAUGAGGAAUUAAAUAAAGAGACAACAUUAAAUUUAUCUUCGUCUAAUUUGGAUUAUAUACCUGAAAUAGAAAAUAAAUUGCUGAGUGCAUUGUACCUCCAAAACAAUAGAAUAAUCAACAUUCCCGAUGACUUCUUCCCGUCGCUGCCAAGUCUCAUCUAUUUAGAUUUGAGAGACAAUCAAAUAACAGAUAUUCCUAAAUCUAUACAAAACCAUCAAAGUCUUACCCAUUUGUUGCUACAAAAUAACAAACUGACUACCUUACCCAAUGAACUAGGAACAGUGAACUUGAAAGUACUACAACUGAAAGGGAAUCCAAUAAUGUAUCCACCUAGGGAUGUAUUAAACGCUGGAGUCUCCAAAAUAUUAACAUUUUUAUACAACAAAUACGCGGACAAUAUGUUCGCACAAUCAUAUAUAGGAUCUGAGGACACGAUGAGUAGCAGCGUGAACUUUCAAGAAAAUAUCAGCCAAGGAGUUGUAAGUUAUAACUCUGUAAUUGACGCUGAUAAAUUAAAAGAGAAAACAUUGUCAGUAAAACUGAACGAGAAAGACUGUGAGGACUCUGAUGACGAGUGUUAUGGUAAAAUAAAAGGGAAAUGUCCGAAACUGGCGAAAAGUCGAUACAAGACUUUGCCGUCGUAUUAUCAAAGUUCAAAAUAUGUUAAUCCUCCCUAUGCUGAUAGCAGAGACGUGCAGAAUCAGAAGAUAAAGCAAAGUUAUUUAAAAGAGCUGACUAUUAAGAAGCAUAAAGAGUUGCUAGCGCGCAGAGAGAAGAUAUUACAGGACAGAAAAAACGUUGAACUUCUCCGUAACUGGCGUAAGGAGUAUAGAAUCCGUCAACAAUCAGCUGACGGGACGUACAAACUUGAGCCGAAGAAUUAUCCUUAUGACACCAACCCUGAGUAUAUGACCCUACUAACUAGAGAGGACAUAGAGAAAGAUCUACCAGACAAGUAUCGACGUAGACUCAUAAGGAAGUCUAAACCGACUGUGCCGAGAAAGGGGAAUAAUGAUGUACACUUGGCUAUGAAGAUAAAGCAGCUAUUUGCUAAUUUGGAAGCUAUUGAUUUGAAUAGAGAAGGGAUGACGCCGAGGACAGAACAAAAAGCGCUGUUGACCGAGAUACAGAAGAUAUCCGAGAUUAAACAGAAAUUAAUGGAAUUGUCCACGUCAAACAGCAAAUCCGUAACGGCCGAUUGAGAAAAUAAAUUUAUGAACAUCAGCCGUCGACACACUACGGAGUCGUGUCUUGUAUUUUUAGGUAACAACACCCUGGAAACUUCUUUUUUAAAAAACUGUAUAGUAUGUGUUCUAGGUUUUACUAUAUAUCUGGAAUUACUACACAAACAUUUGACGUUUAAAAUGUAUGUUUUAUUAUGUAGUAGACUUAGAUUAUAUAGAUAGAGCAUCGAGUUUCAAAUACGGGUCAACUUUUUGUCAGCUAAUUGUCAAAUUAGUGGACUAUUUUUUUAUCAGUGUUCUAUAUACUUAUACGCACAUAAUGUAUCUUGACAUAUCUAUAUUUAAUUAUUUAAUAAAUAUAAAUAAGUUUUUAUUAAAAAUAUGCAAAAAAUU